AAUGCACUUAUGAUUCAUUGAGUUUUUAUGAUGGAAGCUCUUCACAUGUCAGGAACAUUGGUGUCUAUUGUGGUCUAAGAAUACCUGGUCUUAUUCGCACUCAUGGCAAUAACUUGUACAUUGCUUUCAAGGGGGAUGGAUCUGUCACCUUUAUGGGUUUCUAUGCUGCUUACAGUUUCCAUGGUGAGUCAACUGUUGCAUUUACAAUGGAAGGAAAGAGCCUCGUGCUAAAUUAUUGUGUUGAGAGGAAUUUUUUAUAUUUUUUUUUUUGAAACAAAGAUUUUAUUUUAAAUUAAAGAACUGAAAAAAUCAAGGGUGUGAACUUAUUGGAUAAAGUAUUACAUUGAAGAGCUAAUGAGUUUAGUGUACCACCCCAAAUGGGACAAGACCUUUAUAGUUUAUAGCCAUAUAGCAAUGUUUGUUCAGUUCAAUUUUCUUGUAAAUUUAAACUCAACAGUCUGUGAAGACUUCACUUAUGGAGACACUUGUAGCAUGAGGUGUUCAUG